AUAAAAUUUUAUACAAAAUUCAUUCGGUGUAAACGCUUUGGCAUAUUGUUAUAAUUCCAAGUGAGAAAAUUGCGAAUUUAAAUCAUAUAUUAAGUAUAUUUGUUGCCACUUUGGCGUGGGAAACGCUUUAGAAAAUGUUGACGUCAAGAAACCGAACUAGAAACAAACAUUGUAAUAAGGAAGUGAAUCUACCUGAGGAGGACCGUUUACAAUUACAGCAACGUAUAUCAGAUUUUUUAGCCGGCUCCGAUGUUGAGUUGGUUAUUCCGGGAUUGUCCAAUGCCCAGCGCAAGUUUUUACACAAAUACAUUGCUAGACUUGGACUAUUAUCACGGAGUUAUGGCUCGAAAGCAAGCCGGGUGCUUCAUAUUACACAUCGCAAGCGUUUGACAUCAUUAGGAUUUCUACAUAAAUUAGAAUUGUCGUCGGUUAGUCGUUCUUUAUUAGAGAAAUCGUUACCAUUUCUUGAAACACAUACAAGUGAAACAAAUCAUAUUCAACAUCAGCAAAGCUCACGCCAGCAACUCGCAAAAAGGAAUCGCAUUCGGAGUGAGGCAUUGUUACUUGGGCUUGGACCGCGUCUUGUGCCACCACGUGCCCAUCGCAUAAGUUCGGAACUCUAUCGAGAUAAACAAGAACUUCCUAUAUACUUAUAUCAAGAAGAAAUACAUAAUAUGUUGAAACAACAUUCUAUCUUUAUAAUCAGUGGCGAAACUGGUUCAGGCAAAACCACACAAGUACCCCAAUAUAUUUUAAAUGAUAGUAUGCGCAAAAACCGGGCUUGUCGCAUUGUAGUAUCACAGCCUAGAAGAGUAGCUGCUGUUUCUGUUGCCCAUAGAGUUGCGGAGGAACGUGGAGAACAAAUCGGUAAUACUGUGGGUUAUCAAAUACGAUUGGAAAGUCGUGUUCAAAAAACUACCAACUUAAUAUAUACUACCAGCGGUUGUCUCUUGCGCUCGAUAAUGGCUGACGCGAAAGAUUUCUUUCGCAAAAUAACUCAUUUAAUAAUAGACGAAAUUCAUGAACGAGAUAAGUACACCGAUUUUACACUUAUUACCAUUAAAGAACAUUUAAAACGAGAUAAAGAUCUCAAAGUAAUUCUCAUGUCUGCGACAAUGGAUAUCAGUUUACUCUCGAAAUACUUCAAUGAUUGUCCAGUUGUAAAUGUGCCUGGACAAGGGUUUAAUGUAAAAAUAUUUCAUUUGGAAGACAUACUUUAUCGCACAGGAUAUCGAACGGCGCUGAUGGAGAAAUAUUUGCGUUCGAUGAGUGAAACGAAUGCAGCACACUGUGCAAAAAUGUAUAUAGAAGGUGAAAAACCUAGUUCUUAUUCGAAGGAAAAUCCUGUUAUAUUGAGUGAUGUAUUUUUGCAACAAGGGUUAGAUGCCAUUAUAGAUCAAUGUUGCUUGGACAAUUUCCGAUCUGAGGAUGAAUUACUUGCCUUAUUUGACCAAAUACAGUAUUUCAUUGAAAGUGAGGGAAUGCCUGUGGAUGCCGCACACUCCCAAACAGGUAUUACUCCGCUUAUGGCAGCUUGUAAAUGCAACUAUUCAAAAUAUGUCGAGCUAUUUUUGUUUCAUCAGGCCAGUGUCCGCCUUCGUGAUGCGCGCGGUUUUACUGCGCUUGAUUAUGCUAAAAUGCAUUCGGAUAACACUUGCAUCAAAAUUUUACAAAACUCGGAUGUUGGUUAUAAGGAGCAGUUUCAAUUAAGCAAAGAAGUAGAAGAUAAGCAGCGAAUUUUAUUUGCUUAUCAGCAACAGUUCAACGACGAAAAUGAAGUCGAUCAUGAUCUCAUUUUAUCAUUGUUGGAAGGUCUCUACCGGAGUCCUCAUCCUGGUGCUAUAAUGGUCUUUUUACCGGGAUACAAUGAUAUAGUGCAGCAAAGAGAUCUCAUUCAAAGUACUCUUCCCGCCAAUACAUAUCGAAUUUGUAUUCUGCAUGGACAAAUGGAUUCACACGAUCAAUUUGAGGCUCUACAAAGACAUACAGUGCGAAAGAUAAUACUUUCUACAAAUAUUGGUCAGACGUCAAUAACAAUACCCGAUUUGGCUUACAUCAUCGAUUCAGGGAAGGUUAAAAUGAAAACUCAUGACUCAAUCACGGAAUCAUCACAACUGCAAUCGGUGUGGAUAUCAAAAGCCGAUGCAAACCAACGAUCUGGUCGUGCUGGUCGAACACAGAAUGGUGUGUGCUAUCGUCUGUAUUCCACGGCAACGUAUGAGUAUAUGCCGAAGUUCUGCAUUCCUGAAUUUAUGCGUAUACCCCUAACCGAAAUUUGUUUAUAUGCUAAGACGCUGGACCGUCAAAGCGACGUUGCAACUUAUUUAUCACGCGCGCUAAACCCUCCCUCAAGUGUGAGUGUGCAAAAUGCUGUUAGAAAACUGCAAAUGCUCGAAGUUUUUAACGACGAUGAAAGUGUAACAGAAUUAGGUCGCCAUUUGGUAGAGAUUCCUUUGGAUGUACAACUGGGCAAAUGUCUGCUAUAUGGAAUUUUUUUUAAAUGCUUCGACUCCAUAUUGACCAUCGUUGCUUAUCAUUCGGUAAAAGAUCCCUUCAUUUUACCAACAGAUCGCGCGGCCCAAGGUCAUGCUUCUUUCCAACGAAAAUCAUUUGCUGGAAAAACAUUUAGUGAUCAGCUCGGAAUACUUUCGUUGUAUAAAUCAUAUUGCUCGGUACGUAACAAUAGGAAACGAGUCCGCGAGUUCUGUAGUAAAUUCUAUUUGUCGCAAUCAGCUAUGGAAAUGUUUUUUGCAACACGGCGUCAAAUAUCUGAUCUAACAUCCCAAAAAUUUCGGCUCGGACAACAGGCUUCUCUUUUCAAUGAAGAUUGGAAUAUGGUACGAUAUUGUUUGGUGGCCGGUUUUUAUCCAAAUGUGGCGGUUAUUGAUCGCCAACAGGGCUCGCUUAUAUCGGGAGCAGAGAAACAAUUAAUACUGCAGCGAACAUCAGCAUUGAAUCCACCAGGCAUGAAAAAUUUAAAAGAAUUUAUUGACGAACUUCCUCACGACUGGUUGGUGUUUUUUGAGAAAUCACGUGUGGCUAGUAAAUGUUCAAUAAAUAUGAAUACGGUAGUUCCGCCAGUGGUAAUUGCACUUCAGUGCGGGCGAGAUUGUGUGUUGGAUGAAGAUACUUUGGAUGAGUCUGAAAUUUCAGAUAACGAAGAAUACAUCUCUGAAUUUCCAAAAGUGGAAUCGGGAGAAAAACUAGAUCUGGUGGAAAAGGUCGAAGCGAUCUCCCUAUCAAGAUCUAUUGAUGGCAAUAGUCGAAAAGCUAUAAUGUCUGUAGACAAUUGGAUCAAAUUUGAAUUACCUAUUGAUGACGCUAAUAUGCUUUUGCAACUGCGAAACCUAAUAAAAUCCCAAUUCGAAAUAUUUUUGCACAGUGGGAAUUUAACACAAACAUCGACGUCAGUUUAUCAUGUACAAAAACUCCUCUAUAGUUUAGAAAAUGUUUUUCCAACAUAAGUAAUAUAUACAAAUUUUGGCAGGCGGUUUUGACAUCACAAUUAUUUGAUAUCAAGUUCCACUGCUGGACAUGUGUGUAACGAAUAUUCAAAAUUGUUAGCAUGUUAGGUAUAUUGUAAAAUGACAUUUUAACUAUAUUGCCUUUUUGUUUCAUAUAACAUAUCUUAGGUACACAUACAUACAUAUUUUAUUAAAUGGUUCGGAAAGUAGAUACUUUUAAAUUUAUUUCAUAUUUUUUUUCUUUAUAUGUCAUUAAUAAGUGGCCUUUAGUUGUAUGGAUAAAACUAAACGUGUCCAAAUUCUCGGUUUCAUCGCCCCGAAAUAUGUGAAUAGACUAAAAACAACGAAAUACAAAGUUUUGGAAGAAUUGCGAAUGAUGUAGAAGGGGCUCACGGCCACUGAAAUCCUCAAUAAUUAGGCUUUUAAGAUGACGACCUACAAAUAACUUAUUAUGAACCAAAGUUGGAAAGUUUAAAUCAUUUCUAAAAUCUUUAGAUUAUUAGUUAAGUAAAAUGGCUAAAAUCAGAAAAUCGCCCAACUAAUAAAGUUGCCACCACUACUGGCCAAUACCACGAUUAUACAUAAGUAUCUCUUCAGUAGGAAGAUUUUUUACACAACAAAAUACAUGUACAUUUUUGGUAUUUGUACUGCUGCUAUCACUUUAUAUUAAUUCGACUUGAUUUUUAUCUUUGAUCUCUAUUUUUGGGGGAUUUUGUUAAAAUUUGUUGAAUUUUUAUAAUUUUUGUACAAACUUUGAAAUAUGGAUUUAUAUAGUGUGUGUUGUUGUUGUUGUUGUAGCAGCAGUACUCGUCCUCUGACUCGACAAGCCUGAGGCCGAGAAAGCGGGCAGCGUCUAUAGGCGCGGUUCAUAGUGCUUCUGGUGUCAGGGUCGUGGAGUUAGAGGCGCAUGCGAAGAGGUGUUGGGUGUUGUGUGGACCUUGCCCGCAUGCAGGGCAUGUGUCUGCCACUUCUGGGUUCAGCCGGGAGAGAUAGCUGUUUAAU